GGAGCCGCAGAGCCGCGCUGUCCCGGGGCCGCUCCCGGCCUCCGGCCCUCCGUCCCGGCUGGGCGGCUCGCGGGGAGCCCGCGCCAACACUGCCCUCCAUGGAAGGGGGACGGGAGCCGGGGAGCAGCCGCUGGCCCCAGGGCGGAAGAUGCAGGGCCGAAGCCCCCAGCUGAGCAUGGAGCUGAACAGACUGCUCCUCCUCACAUCCUUCCUCCUGCACGUGAAGGAAGACCGUGCCAGCCCACAGCGGCUGGUCUGUGACAACAGGCUCAUCCAGAAGUAUAUCCUGGAGGCCAAAGACAUGGAGAAGAGAGUGGGCCAGUGCCAGGCCCUGCCUGUGCUCAGCUGCCCUGCCGUGCUGCCCUUGGUGGAGUUCAGCCUCCAACAGUGGAAAUCCAAAUCGAAUGAGACCAAGCGGCGGGAGAUCCUGUGUGACCUGUCCCUGCUGGUGGGUGCUGCCACAGGGGCCUUGGGCCAGGUGAGCGAGGAGUGUGGGGCAAGGCAGCUGAGCCAGCUUUACCGACACACCAACUCCUUCUUCCUGCUCCUGCAGACCUUCAGCUGGGAGGCAGGACACUGGGAGCCGAGCUGCUCCUCACACUCCAUGGAACAGACCCACAUCACCAGCAUCUUCCUCACCUACCGGCAGCUGGUGCAGGGCAAGCUGCGCUUCUUCUUCCAUGACCUGGCCAAGGUCUUGUGCAAGCAAGGACAGGGGGCCAACAGAGACCCUCCGUGCGGGGCCCGGUGAAGCUGCACACAGGGUUCACCCCAAUGUGACUUUGGAGCAAUCCUGCCGGACACUGAGCUGUGCUCUGGGUGCCCAGGAAGAUGCCCACAAGGAAAGGGUUGGCUCCUGUUCCUCAAGUCUUCGGAGACCAUGCAGCCCACAAAGGCAAAGAGCAACACCCACGUGGGUGGGCACAGGCCCUGCUCCCACCUGGGCAGGCACCUCUACUGUGAAUGCUUUUUG